UCCGCCAUCUAAACAUGGGGCCCUCUGGACGGCAGUCGGGUCGAGUGGCGACGCCUCCCGGGGCCAUCUUGGUUGAGGGCGGAAGUGAGCGCUGCGUGGUGCCGGAGUUGCCUGAAGAUCCCAGACGCGUGUGGGAGCGGCGCUCAGCAUGCUCCGCCGGGAGGCUCGCCUGCGCCGCGAGUACCUGUACCGCAAGGCCCGGGAGGAUGCGCAGCGAUCCGUUCAGGAGAAGAAGGAGCGAGUCAAGCGUGCUCUGGAAGAAAACCAGCUGAUUCCCACUGAGCUACGCCGGGAGGCUCUAGCCUUACAGGGGUCCCUGGAGUUUGAUGAUGCUGGCGGUGAAGGUGUGACCAGCCACGUAGAUGAUGAAUAUCGAUGGGCUGGUGUUGAAGAUCCUAAAAUCAUGAUCACUACCUCCCGAGACCCCAGUUCUCGCCUGAAGAUGUUCGCAAAGGAACUGAAGCUGGUGUUCCCAGGUGCCCAGCGCAUGAACCGAGGUCGGCAUGAGGUUGGCGCGCUGGUGCGAGCUUGCAAAGCCAAUGGGGUCACCGACCUGUUGGUUGUCCAUGAGCAUCGAGGCACACCUGUGGGGCUCAUUGUCAGCCAUCUGCCCUUCGGUCCUACGGCUUACUUCACACUGUGCAAUGUGGUUAUGCGGCAUGACAUCCCUGACCUGGGCACCAUGUCUGAAAGGUCAGUCUCCUUGUGGGACCUUCAGCGAGUUGCUCCACCACUUCCUACGCCAGCUUUCGUCUGCACAACGGGAACAGUGGGUAGUUUCCGCUUAGGAUGA